UGUAGGUACAUUUGGUUGAGUUGUCAACAGUCUUUAAAGAGUCUAGAAACGCAUUAAUAACGGGAAAAUAUAUUUAAAAUUUAUUUUAGAAUAUAAAAAAACUGUUAUAAUAUAGAACAAAUGGAAGAACAUUUUGAGAAAAAAUGUACCAUAGAAAGUAAUGAAAAGUUGGGAAGAUAUGUUCAGGCCAAACAGGAUCUAACAGCAGGUGAAUGUGUGCUACUGGAGCAACCUUCUUUGUUAUUGGCCUCGAAUGGCGAAAACCGAUGUCAAAAUUGUUACAAAUUAACCCAUAAUUACUGCCGUUCAUGCUUAAUUACGCCUUUAUGUGAAAUGUGUAAACAACAUUACGAUUAUGACUGCCAGAAACUAGCAACUAUGUCCGAUCUAGAUAUCAAUAACUUACAAAAAUACCCCGAUACUUAUGGCAUUAUAAAAUUUCUAUUACUACAAGAAAAUCCUCUUACACAACAACAUUUCGAGACUAUUUUACAGGCAGAAAAUCAUAUGGAACAGAGACGUAAUACACAAAUUUGGUUUCACUAUAGUAAAAAUGUAGUAGAUCCAAUUUUAGAAUCGGGAAUUUUAAAGUACUUAUCACAUGGUUCCGAGAUAAAUGGAGAAUUUUUACAACGUUUAUGUGGUUUUAUUGAUGUCAAUAGUUUUGAAAUACGUGCCCCUGAUACGGGUUCAAUGAAGGGUGUUUAUGUUAAGGGUGCUCUACUGUCGCAUGAUUGUAUGGCCAAUACUUGUAUAGCGAUCGAUGAUAAAUAUUGUAUGAAAAUCUAUGCUAAUAGAGCAAUAAAAGCGGGUGAAAUUGUUACAAAUUGUUAUACGAAUAUAAUGUUGAAUACUUCCGAACGUAGACGAAUUCUGCAGGAAGGUAAAUAUUUCUACUGCACCUGUAAACGUUGUGAAGAUCCUCAAGAAUUAGGAUCACAUAUGUCCACCUUAAAAUGUACCGGUUGUCAUAACGGUUACAUGAUUAGAAAGCAAGAGAAUACUGAAAAAUGGCAAUGUAUCGAGUGUAAACAUCAAGAGACUAACGAAAAUGUAGAGCACGUACUAAAAGACCUUCAGAACGAGGAACUAGAAAAGCCUAAAAAUCUAAGGGAAAUGGAAAUGUGGCUACAAAAGUUGGAAAAAAGUUUACAUCCUCAGCAUUAUAUGAUCAUAGAUGUUAAACAGAAUAUAGCGGCAGCAUUGAGAAACAUAAUUAAUGAUAUCAGUUGUUGUCCCGGACGUAAAGUUUAUGAGCGUAAGAUUGAUUUAUGUAAAGACAUUUUGAAGGUUCUCAAUGUAAUUGCUCCCGGUAUAUCGAGGCAUAAAGCUAUUGUUAUGUAUGAACUGGGAAGCACUUGGGCGGAAUAUAAUCGUUUGCGUUAUCAGGAAAAAGAAUUGAGUAAAAAGGAUUUGCAGGACUUACUACUGGAAUCAGAUUUAAUGUUACGCGAUUCUAUUCACAUGUUGCUGCAUGAACCCAAAGAAACUCCGGAGGGGAAAUUAUUACAGUCUAUGUUGCAGGAAUUGAAAUAUUUACAAACCGAUAUAAAAAUGUUAAAAUAG